AUGAUAAUUAAUUAUAAGAAGAUUUCAUCUUUCUUCGAAAAUAAUCAUUUAACAAGUUCAUCUGGGAUGGAUAAUUUUCAGUUUCAUUUACCUUCAUCAUUAAUUCAUUAUAACAAUAUAGGUGCUAUAAUUAAUCCUCGUUUUAAUACAAAAGAAAUGAUAAAUAAGACUAAUAUUGAAGAGAUUGAACAAUUUAAUACAGAUCAAAAGGUUGCCGAUUAUUUGAGACCAAAAUUGAAAGUUAAAACUGGAUAUGUUGACGAUGAAACUCACUCAAGCGGAGCUAAAGAUGAUUUGAGAAAGGCUCAUUUUUCGAUAGGUACAAGAGAACGAGAAAGUAUAUUCGCAGCAGAAUUGGACAAGUUCUUUAAGGAAGAAGAUGGUGAACCAUUUAAUGAAGAUGUGAAUAACAAUACUCUUCAACAACCAAAACAAUCAUUAUUCAGAAAAAUUAAAUCAUGUAGUGAUAUAAGGGAAAUUGAAAAAGAAAGAGAAAUUCUAGGUCAUUUUUUGAACUACAAUAAACGUUGUCAUAGUGAAAUAUUUCAAGAAUCUGUUCAUGAAAAAGAAACUCCUAAAUCUAGUUUUAUCAAAAAUCAUCAAAUUAUAGGACUCAAUCAAAAUCAAAUUCCAAAUCAUAAUGCUAUCCAUCUAAUUCCUAGUUCCUGUUUUGGUACUCCAAGAAUGUCAAUGAAGACUAUAAUCUCAGCAAGCGAAGGAAAAUAUCACAAUGAAAAAAUUUGGAAACCAGAACAAAUUUUGGAAAAUAAUAACGAUUCAUUAUCAAUUCAAGAAGUUUCAAUAAGAGAUAAGAUUUUGCAAAAAUGUUCAACUAAAAAAUUAAGAGUUUGUAACCAUGCAAGUGGUGACUUCUCAAAUUCAGAAACUGAUUAUGAAGAAUCUCAUUAUAAUUUUACUACUAGUGAAUAUGAUAAUGAAGAAACUCAUUUUGAUAUUGUUGGUGUUAAGUCGGUUACACUGAGCAGUAAGAAACGAAGAUUUACUGAGUCUCCCAAUCAACCACAAAUCAGUCCGCAACAUAAGUUAAUUCAAUUCCACAAAUCUGGUGUUAAUCGUAAUAAUUCCAACAAUUCCAACCAGCAAUCAAUUGCACAUCGUCACUCGUAUGAUGAUGAUAUUGUGUCAUUUGUUAUUGCAAAGAAUAAAUUACUUGCUGAAGAUGGUGGUACAGAUAUUGAUUUAUCAAAAAUUGGAUCCUUGAAUAUGGAUCAAAAUGUUGGUAAAAAUAAAAGAGAAAAACAUCAUUCAGCCAAAUUUCUGGGAUUAUUCAGACAUUUCAUAAAUAAUGAUGUUGAUUCAAAUUUCGCAAUUAGUUUACCAACUUCUAUAACAUCAUCACCAAGAUCUACUCAAUCAUCCAAAAAUUUUGAUAACUCAGUUUCGACUUAUAAUGAUAAAGAUCAAUUCAGUUCCAUAACAUCACUAAAAGCUCAUGAUACUCCAAUUAGUAAAAAUCAAGAAACUUUUCACAAUACUUCACCUCAUCAAAAUUUAAAUAUUCGGACCUCAAUCAAUUUGAAAGAAACAGGAGUAAGAUCACCAUUUCAAAAACAAAUGAGUAAAUUUAUUAAAAAAUCAUCAAUCUUGUUAAAAGGUAUAACUGAUUCAGGAGUUACAAAAGAUGAUAUACAUUUUAAUUUUGGACCAAUUUUAAAACCUGAAUUAAUUCAUAAAAAUGAAUUUCAAGAAACUCCUAGAUCAAUGAAAGCAUUUUGUGAUUAUUCACCAGAAGAAUUACUGAAUCAUCCACUUGAAUUAAAUUCUACUUUAGAUAUGGACAAAAAUCAUUUUUUUAAAAAUAGAAUUAAUAGGAAAAACAGUUUUGAUAGCUUUUUAAAUUCUCAUACGGCUACUGAUACAGUUAAAUUUUUUAAAGAGUAUAUAGAUACAGUACUAUGA